AUGGGAGAAGAAAAUCUACACGGCUUGCGCUCUCUGAUUCAAUCGCAUCCCAUUGUUGACAAUCAUGCACACAAUCUGCUUUCUGCCGACAACGCAUUGAACUACGAGAAGUAUCCGUUGGAGUCGAUCACCUCUGAAGCCAAGGGGGAAGCGCUACAGCAAGCGCCACAUACACUGUCCCAUCGCCUCGCAGUGAAACAGCUAGCAACGCUCUUUUCUUGCCAGCCCACUUGGGAGGCAAUCAAGGCUGCGCGACAGACGUGGGUUACUGCCGAUUACCAUGGAUUGGUUCAGAGAUGCCUUGACGGGACCUACUCGUUGCUUCUGGACGAUCUUCUCACAGACUCCGACAUUGAAGACUACAGAUGGCAUAAGCAGUUCAUAGGCGCGGCGUCCGGAGCAAAGAGGAUUGUGCGAAUCGAGGCCGUUGCGUCGAAGAUCUUGCUUGAUUUUUGGGGCCCGCAAGGCCAGCACAAGCUGAGAAAAGACCCUCAGACGUUCUUAUCGGAGUUCCACAAACAUAUUGAGCAAUAUCUCAUGGAACCCAAUGUGGUUGCAUUCAAAUCGGUCAUCUGCUAUAGGACUGGAUUGGACAUCAAAGUCAACAGCAGUGAGGCGGCCUUCAAAGAAUCAUUCCAACGGUUGUUGCGGAUAGGUGCUCCGUUUCGUAUAUCAGAUAAGUCAUUCAACGACCUAUUGGUAACAACCACGCUGCAAAUUAUUGAAGAAAUGGUUGCAAAACAUGGCAAGCAGAGAUCCAAGCCUAUACAGUUCCACACCGGGCUAGGCGAUAAUGAUAUCAGUUUAGUGCUUGCAAACCCGGCAUAUAUGCAACCGCUGAUUGCGCACUUUAAGAACGUAGACUUUGUUCUACUCCACUCAUCAUAUCCUUAUACCAGAGAGGCUGGCUAUCUCGCCUCCGUCUAUCCAAACGUCUACCUCGAUCUCGGUGAAGUAUUCUCGAUGGUCAGCAAAGAUGCUGAACACUCUAUCCUACGACAAAGCAUGGAACUCACGCCGACAAGUCGUCUGUUGUGGAGCACAGAUGGGCAUUUUCAUCCUGAAACUUAUUGGCUAUCGAACAGGCAAUUUAGAGAUACGCUUGAGACGGCCAAGGACGUAGCCGCGGAUAUCUUGUUUAACAAUUCGAACAGAUUGUACGAUCUCAAACUGCUCCCUCCGGCAUAUGUGCCGAAGCCACACGAGCCUGAUGAAAAGGAACUAUCAGUCACCAAUAAUUUAGAAAACCUGAAUGACCUGGCUGUCCGUAACCCCAACACGGCCGUCUGGAUGCAGUGGGUAGACUAUACAGCUACAAUACGUGUGCGUAUGUUUCCGAUCCGCGAAUUCAUAAAGAUCGUUCAAGGAAAACGGCGCAUCGGUAUCACUUUGGCGGUUUACCACCUGCUUCAAGACGACCUGCUUGCACCAGGCGGACUCGCCACUGGGCAGUUCUACAUGAGACCGGAUCUUUCCUCGUUUUGCAGAAAUGUCGCCCUCGAAUCUAAUAGUGCCACUGUUAUGACAUUCUGGGAAGAUGAAAGUGGUGAACAACUAGAGGGCUGUCCACGCACAACACUGCAGCGUAUUGUCACUGCGCUGAAACCGAUUGAGGUCACACUCGGAUUCGAAAUCGAAGUAGUCUUCCUUCAACGGGCCUACAUAAAUGCUAAGAACACGUGGGAGCCUAUUACAGAAAACCAUUCUUGGUCAAACAUGACAAGAGACAUUCGACAGAAGGCUCUCCGCUUGCUUGAAGAGAUUAUGACGGCUUUGGCCAGUAUAGACAUCCACAUCGAGCAAUUCCAUGCCGAAUCUGCGCCUGGUCAAUUCGAAUUCGUUCUUCCACCAGACCAGCCUCUCAGCGCCAUUGAUACACUUCUAAAGGCUCGCCAGACAAUCGUAAAUGUUGCCGAAAAGUACGAUCUUCGCGCCACUCUCUAUCCACGCCCAUAUCCGGACGCAGCAGGUACCGCCUCGCACACACAUUUCUCGAUAUCACCGCCUACAGAAGAGCAGUCUUUUCUAGCCGGAGUACUCGAGCAUUUCCCAUCUAUAACGGCUUUUUCUCUCUCGCAAGAAGUUAGCUAUGAGCGGGUUGCCUCAGGUGUCUGGGCAGGCAGCGAAUGGAUUGCCUGGGGCACCCAAAACCGCGAAGUACCGAUCCGCAAAGUUACAUCGGGUCACUGGGAAUUGAAGCAGAUCGACGGUCUCGCGAACAUGUAUCUCGCAAUUGCUGCGCUGCUUGCUGCUGGAUACCUGGGAAUCACUCAUUCGUUGUCUCUCACGCACAAGGACUGUCCUGUUGAUGCGUCAACACUGUCGCAAACGGCCAGGGAGGAGCUAGGUAUUACAAAUCAGAUCCCCAAAAAGUUGGAGGAAAGUCUUGUUGCGCUAGAGAAUGACGACGACAUGAGUGCCAUACUAGGCGCCGGAUUCGUCGAGAAGUACAUCGCCGUAAAGCGAGCGGAGGCGAAAAGGCUGGCUGAGAUGGCAGAGAACGAGAGAAGGACAUGGUUGAUAGAGCGGUACUAA